ACCACGCCCCCGACUGCUGGCGCUUUCGGGAAAGCCUCACGUAGUCGGCUUCAUCCUUGCGUGUUACCCUGGCAACGGUCUAGGAAGCCGAUGCCUAGCAAUUUGCGGGACAGUACUGGGUCUGGGCCACGCUUUUCCAGCUGUGAAGACCUUGCAGCCCGGUUGACUCGGUGAGUGGUUCAGGUUGGGAGACACCGUUGUUGGAAACGACCCACCAAACAGAAGAAGAAACCAUAACUUGAGUUCCUCUCUUUUCCUCCAAGAUGUUUCAUGGAACAAUCGUAGAAGAACUAAUCAGUCAUGAAGAAUGGAGCCACUAUAAUGAAAAUAUAAUCGAAGAUCAGAAAGAUUUUGUUUUUAUAAAGUUCAAUGGCCUUCACUUAAAAUCUAUGGAAAAUUUACAAUCUUGCAUCUCUCUUAAAGUAUGCAUUUUCUCAAACAAUUUUAUUACAGAUAUACAUCCACUUCAAAAUUGUAUAAAGUUAAUCAAACUUGAUCUCCAUGGAAAUCAGAUAAAGAAUUUACCAGAUACCUAUUUUUGGAGUGGAUUAAAAAAUCUAAAACUACUUUAUCUUCAUGACAAUGGAUUUGUAAAGCUGAAGAAUUUAUGUGCAUUAUCUGCCUGUCCAACACUCAUUGCGCUCACUAUGUUUGACUGUCCAGUAAGCCUUAAAAAGGGAUACAGACAUGUUCUCGUUAACAGUAUAUGGACUCUCAAAGCACUGGAUCAUCACGUGAUUUCUGAUGAAGAAAUAAUUCAGAACUGGCAUCUUCCUGAAAGAUUUAAAGCAUGUAGUGACCGAUUUUUCUUUAACUUUUGUCCUGCUUUAAAAAAGGGAAAAACCUAUGAAGAUGAAAUUAAAAAUAUUCAUUAUAUUAUUUCAAGAAUUAAUGAAAUUCUGGCUCAUAACUCACCAGUUUUGAUCGUUCAAAAAUGGAUACGUGGUUUCUUAGUUAGAAAACAUUUCAGCCUUUUGUUUUUGUAUAAAAAGCAGCAGGAGAAAAUUAUUAGAGACUUCGGGAAAAAACGGAUGUAUAUAACCAGCAGCAUUGAAGAUAAAAUCCUUGGGGACAUCUUUCCCAAGUGUGAAACUAAGGUGAAAGGGAAACAUGCAGGUGGGAAACAUAAUAUAUCUCCUGCCAGUGGAAAAAUAUCUAUUGAACAGAGAAAAGAUAUUUCCUCUGCUGACCAGAAAUCAAAAAAAUCAAGACCUCUCAUUCAAAAAGGUCACGAAUCUACAGAUGAAACUGAGGAUGAAGAAUUGCGUAGCAGUCUUAGUAUAUCAUCUUUCAAACCACCCAUAUCUGCUUCGGACCCACUGACGUAUGCUGAAGCAUUGAAAGAGAAGCAAGAAGGUCAUUUGCCUGCCCUCACACAACGUUUUUAUGUCCCUCAUCCAAGCCCACUAAUCAAAAAGGAUGCUGUAUCAGAGAACAAGACAAGAAAGAUACUUCCUACACAGGGACCUGGUAUGAAACUUCAAAUGCUUAAUGAUAUUGACAAGUAUUACACAGAACAAAAGAAGCAGGAAUUCCAUAUGGAAAAGUUAGCAGCUGUAGGCACGGCGAAAGAUGGCAGAAGAAAAAUUAUUCUAGCUGCUGAUAAAAAUUUAAAUGAGAAAAAAUAUAUGGAAAAGAAGCUAUUUGAAAGACAGAAGGAGACCAUUCAGAAAAGUUUACAGCAACUUUUACAGGAAAGAUUAAACUACCUUGCAAGAGUUAAAGAGAGGAGAACUCUCUUCCUAGAACAAAAGAAGCAAAAGGCCACAGAGCAUCUAUUAAUUCAAACCUUAAGUAAUGAGCGCACCCUUUUGCUCAAAGGAAUGCUUAAAAUCGACAGAUUGAACAAGAAUGAAGCAGUCCUAAGAAAGAAAAAAUUGGCUGUUCAGGAAAGACUUCAAGCAGAGAAAUAUAAAACGGUUUUACUGAAGCAUAUGAAGGAAAUUAGGGCUCAAAAAAUACAUGAAAGACACUGUGAAGAAAAGUUUGUCCUUGAGAUGAUGGCUUUUUAUAAAGCCUCUGAAAGACUUGAAGACGCUAAAGCAAAAGUUGCAACUGUGAAAAAAAAAAAUCUGGCAUCUUAAUUCCCAGCAAAAUAACAAAACGAACCAUUGCCAAGUAACGUCCAGUGGUCAUCUUCAAUGUUAGCAAUUACUUUUAGAAGAAGGACUAGAAAUUAAUACUCUAAAGGAAAUAUGCUACAUCACAACAUGUGUUUGCAUAUAAAUCUUCUAAAAUACAAAGGAUAAACUAUUUCUUAUGUUGGUCGUAAUUUAAAUAAAGUAGAGUUAGUGUCUCCCAGUGGUGACUUAAAUAUCCAGAUUCCUAAGGAACAAGUAAAACUGAUUACAUUUGUUGCAGGCAAUGCUAGUACAGAUACUGCUAAUAUUGUUUUCCAUAUCUUCUCAGUGAAGGAAUUCACUCUGCCACUAUUCCUGACUUUUGAGACAUCUCAUAUUUUGAAUCUUUUCAUCACUAUCUUUCAUAUCUAUUUAAUUAUAUUUUCUGUUUGUUUUAUUAAAACUAUUUCCAACUUUUUCUCAAAAUAAAGUUCUAAACAUUGCAUUAAAGAUUCAUGUUUUUUAAAAAAA